AUGUUUCCACUACGGCCGCUUUUCAUCGCAGCAUUUUUGGUGCUUGUUUCAUUCAAAGAACUCAAUGGUGCAGUAUAUACAGCAUCUGGUGGACCAAUCUAUGUUAAUCCAAAUGGUGGACAAUUAGCCCAGCAAUUAAUACAGCCAACAGAACAGCAAGCUGGAAAUUAUGUUACACAAACUGUAUAUGGAUUUUUAGAUUUUACCACAACAAUUGGUAAUACUGUUAUGGUAUUCUCACCACAAAGUGUUCCACCAGAUCCCAAACCUUCAGUUGCUGCUGCACCACAAAUACAAGUUAAUACAGUCAUAGAAACCAAAGCUAAUGUUCCAUCAUCUAUUUCACAACAAAUCAAACCUAGUAAAACAGUUACACCCAACACCGAAAAGAAAAAAGAAGCACCAAUACAAUCUUCUGCAAAGAAACUUUCAUCAGUAGUACAAGUCAAAAGUGAACCCAAAGUAGUAUCAAAUAUUGUUCAUGUACAAAAUGUUCCUCAUAGUGCUGUUAACAUAAUAGAGGGAACACAGAAUGUGGUAACACCUAAGAAAGUUAUCACAACCAAAGUUGAAGUGGUCCCACCAAAAUUAUCAUCUAAAGUAGCAACAAAAGUGAAUGUUAGUCCACCAGUAGUUUCCAGUCAUGUAGAAGUAGUUGAAGGACCUGCAGCAAGUGUUACAAAACCUUUAGAUGCUGCCAAAUUUUUCACUUCUAUUGUUGACAUUAGUACAGACGAACCAAUUGGUGUAUUAGGUAAUAAUAUUGGAGAGCCUGAAUAUGAUUUUCUUUCACGGCAACCAUCAGAAUUUAUUGAAGAAACUUUCCGUGUUGUGAAUUUAAAACCAAGUUUAACUAAAUUCCACUUAAAACCGCGGUCAUCUACAACACUUUUACCUAAAAAUUCAGACAAUGCAGGUGCUCAUCCCACUGGGCUUGUUACAAAAAUGGGUGGUACUGUUGUUAAAGACGGCGCAACAACUGUACAUGAAACAAGUGUAAUUGGAACAUAUAUUUCAGGCAAAUAUGCGCAAGUACUUCAAAGUACAUCACAUAUAUAUCAAAAUAAAGUAAAACCCACACCCACAGCAACUGGACCACGCAUUUUAAAAACAGCGGCACCAACAUUAAAUAAAGCUCCAAAAUACAACACAAUUUUAGAUCCUACUCCAGCGAAUACAUUACAUGACGAAACUCUCAAUUUACCAUUAGAAGCAUUAUUCAGUUCAGCGCAAAGUUCUAACUUGGUUCGUCCAUCUCGUCGACCAGCCUUAAGUGGUCCCGGCAAUUUCAAAAAUCGUUUUAAGGGGCGCAGCAAUCAUUUCGAUACACGUGAACAAGAGAUUGAAGACAUUGAUGAAGAUCAAGAUUUAGCUCCUCCAAACAAUCAAAAUCAUUUCAAAAAACAAAACAAAAAUCGACCUGCUGGUGGCAACCGUCAAAAUUUCAAGAACAGCAAAUUUGGUCGAUCAUCAUCUAACCACCAUGAAUCAAUUCCAACUGUUUCUGUAUUCAGUGAACAACAUAUAACUCCAACUGCAGCUGGUAAACGUCAUUAUCAAACCUCAUCAAGGCGUAAUAGUUUCCGUCAACCAACGCCAAGUAGCUCUGUUGUAAAUGAUCAAAACAAUGGUUAUACUCGACGUGGAUACAAACCUCGCUUACAAAGUUCUAAUGUCGAACCGAUCUCCGCCAGUACAAGUGUAUACAAAUUCAAAUUAAAUCGUUCACCAGGACGUUGGCAAUAUAAAACAACACCAAAACCACGAGUUACAAUUCGUAAACAAGUUGAUGACGAUUUGGAUAAUGUUACGGUACCUUCUUUGAGUACACCUACUGGAUCUGGGGAUGCUAAUCAAAAUAUUGAAAGUCAUAUUACGUCACAAGCACGCUCUGAUGAUUUAGACUUGGAACCAUCAGGAUCUUCAGAUGGAAUUGGAAACAUUAAUGAUGAUGAAAAUACUACUGAUAACAAGAUUGAUCAUCAACCAUUGCCCGUAUUAGAGACUAUUAAAGUUGAAAUUUCCACACCAGCUGAUUUUAAAGAUAUUUAUUAUGAAAUUGCUACAAUCAAAUCACCUUACACUUUCCAGGUUGGCAGUGUAAAAAAUACUCGAUACAUAACAGUUACAUCAACAAUAGAAAAAACAUUUAUGGAUGCAACAGAAGCACCAACAAUACAAUCAAACGGUGAUUUAAAUACAAACAACAUUCGACCUACCGAACCAUUAACUGAAAAUAUAUUAGCAACAACAUCACAUUAUGACGAUAAAGAGCAUAAUUUAUUGGAUUCAAGUAUUGCAACAUUACCACCAUUACAGCUUGCAUACGACAUGCAAACACCACCAUUAGAAACCUUAACAGAAACAUUUAGCACAACACAAGAUAUGUUGAAAACACAUAUAUUACCUGUUGUGCAUGGCAUCAAUGAUACCACCAGUAUAACAUUAGUUCAAACGUAUCACGUGACACGAUUAGUAACAGCAACGAAAACUUUACCACCAAUGGAAGUGUAUCAAUUUGUACCAAGUAAAACAUUAAAAGAAUUCAAUUCACGUUUAGAUGAAGCUGGAUCUGAAUUACAUUUAGAAUUAGAAUUUGGUGAUGAUAAUGAAAAUGAUGAAGAUGGCGAUGGGCCAAAACGUAUUAAAUUUCCAUCAGAUUUGGAUCUUGCAAAUAUUGGAAAUGAUUUUAAUUUUGCCGAUUUAUCAAAAUUCCCUGAAGCACAUUUACGUUUGAAGAAAGCUCAUCUUACUACACCAAAACCAGAAACAACAACACCAGCUUUAUCACCAGAACAGUUGCAACAGUUAGCAUUAUUACGUUUCCUAAAUCCAAAUGCACAAUUACCACAACAAGUGAUCACCACUUCAAAACCUGUAGUGAAACUUGAAACUGUAUACGAAUCACAUGUAAUUCCAAUUUUCAAUGGUGUCAGUACAUCCUUAAGUACAUUGAGUCGUCCAGUUGCCACCGUUAGUAAGACAGAAUAUGAAUAUGGAACUAGUACGCUUGCAUUACCACAAAUUCCACAAUUACCAACAUUACCGCCAAAUCCUUUAUUACAACCUCAAUUGAUUUUGACAUCAACACCUGUUGUCACCCAGACUAUGGUCACUAAUACGGAUAGUAAAGUAUUAAAACUUACAUUUGGUGCUAAGACUGCGUACACCACAUUAUUCUCUACACGCGUCGUACCAACAGUAUUAACAACUUAUAUAACGACACAAGUGCCCGUUCAACCUACAGCAGCUGGUUUUCCAGGAUUUUUCCCAGCGCCUUAUGCCCCUUACCCAUUUGUUGGUUAAAAUAUACCGAUAAUGCUUUUUUUGUGUAAAUAAAAUGUGCUAUUGUAUGAGAGUGCAGUAUUAUGAGAGGAUAAUAUGAACGAAGGACAAUAUUUAUUAUUCUU